AUGAAGUCUUCUCUUUCUUUGUGCAUGAUUGCAUCGAUCCUAAGCUCAAAAGCUAUGGCGGGUCCUACUCCAGGCCAGGACGGAUUGUUUCGCCUCCCUCCUGGUUCCAAGGACGGCUUCUACCUUCACUCUGUGGACGCAAACGGCAUCGCAAGCACCGAAUAUCUUGGGCUCGCCAACGUUACUAGCAUAUCCCCAGAUCUUGCAAAGCCCGACACCUUGAGCAAGCGCGAUAGCGAGGGCUCGCGCUGCCAAGAAACUAUGUCAACCCCGUGGAUUGGGAUGGUGCUGUCGACGGCUUACUGGGCUACUGCAAUUUCGAAGAAAGCUUCUCAAAAGCUAUCUCUUAUCAGAGUGGGAACGCUGUAG